GUUUUGGUUGGCGGUGUGAGGUUAAAAACCCGUUCCGAGUUCAGAAAUUGCAGUAAAAAGGACGGGCCUGAAACAAGGAAAAAGGGUUCUAAAUCCUUUUACUACGCUGCGGUAUCUAAUCAACCGAAGAGCUCAGAUAACUACGGCCGCGGUCCGGGUGUUUCAUAGGAAACCAUCGGAAUUCGUCAUCAUCACUACAACUCGACGGACAAGCAGUAUUUACACAAAAUAUUUCGCAACGGACGACUGGCGCCUGGGGCCCCAGGAGUAGUAGUGCAAUAUCACUUCCGCUGCUUCCACGAGCAGAGGAAUUAUAAGCAAUCACCAAGCAACAUGGACGUAUCAACGGCAGAAGCCAGCAGCUCCAAAACGGUCGCAGCAGCAUCAACGGGCCCAGCAGACACCAGCGCCCCAGAAGGACAUCAAUCAACCCAGUUCGCUAUGUUUGACACAGGCAGCACUAUGAAGUCGCGGCGCGCUCAGUUGGUCAACAAUCCGUUUCUUGCCGACGUAAAGUUCCUCGUCGGCGAGUCUCGAACGCCUAUCUACGGCCACAAGGUACUGCUGGCUACCGCGUCGGAAUACUUUUACGUGCUGCUGUGCGGCAACUUUGUUGAAUCGCAGAUGCGUGAGAUAUCGCUGGAGCAGGUGGAUCCGGAGGAGUUUCUCCACCUGCUCCGGUACAUCUAUUGCGACGAGUUUGAGAUUACGUUCGAAAACAUACAGACCCUGUUCAAUUUAGCAUGUCGCUUCAUGGUCACAGACCUGCACGUUGCUGUGCGGAGGUUCUUGGAAGGCAGCCUCAACCAGAAAAACGCUCUGCAAAUCAUGCAGAUAAACCGCCUGUUUGCCUUCAGCUCAAUCGAUGAUGCCUGCCUGCGCAUUAUCAGCAACAAUCCGUUGUUCUUCUUCAACAAUGAAGACUUUACCAUGAUCGACAACGAAACGCUGGGGACGAUUUUCCGUUGCCGGCGCAUCAACUGCACGGAUGAUCAGCUGGCGGGUGCGCUCGACGUGUGGAUGCAGAACAAUACAGCCUCGGAGGAGGACGGCCGGUUACUGCAUGAUCUGGUGAAAACCGGCAAGCGCAGCUACGACUGCUUCAAGCUACACUUGUUCGGUAACAGGCAAGUCUUGCCUGGCGAGGAUAUCGGGGACUUUUGCUUCACAAUCGACUCGAGCACUCGCAUCUCGCUGUACGGCAUUGGGCUGUUUGUGCAGUCCAGUGCGGCGGUGGUGAACUUUGACGUGAAGGUGUACGAGUACGAAACGGAAAUCGGCAACGAUCAGUACGAGUACGAGAACAAGCACAGCGGCGUGGUGAAUGUGGCGGAUCUGUUCUUCGAAGAGCUCCGCUUGGUCCCUCACAGUAAGUACCGGAUUGCGGUGGACGUCGCCCCACCGUUCUACAGUCAAGCGUUUCUGUUGCAAUAUCCGAACACACAUCAUACCUCCAUUAAGCUGCGCAUCAGCGGACCAAUGAGUGGUGUCCAUCCAGUCGGGCUUGCAUAUCUCUACUGCAAAGAGCUUCCCGAUAACGAAUGAAAUCAUUUAAACGAAGUUAAAUAAGCGAAGCUGCAGCUCCUAUGUAUCCCCUGUUUUGUGUUUUAGACGCCAUUUUGAGUCACUCGUUUCCGUUUCCUCAAUAUUACCUUCUAUUUUUCUGUUGUUUAGCUUCAUAAAAAUUGAGCAUAAUUUAAUCAUCAUACAUGUGAGCAUAAACCCAAACACUUCAUUGUGAUUGUAGAUAAUUUUAUGUUAAGAAUAAAACGUAACCGAUGCCAGUAUUAA